AUGGUGUUCUUGGCCGAUCAAUCGUUGAUGGAGACCUGUUUCCAAGUGAUCGUCAUCUUAUUUGUUGUUCAAGCCAUACGUCUCGUGCAGCGCUGGCAUCGUCUGCGCCAUAUUCCCGGUCCUAAGGGUACAGGGUGGACAUCGUGGUGGCAGCUUCGUAGAGCGCUCAGCGGACGCUAUCAUGAACAUUUAAAGAACGCCUCAGAUCAAUUCGGUCCUCUUGUCCGUAUAGGUCCCAAUGAGCUUCUCUCCACAGACCCCAUUGUGUUACGGAGCAUGUCUGCCGUUAGAAGUACUUACACAAAAGGAGACUUUUACACCAGCGGACGAAUAGUUCCCAAUGUCGAUAACGUUGUCUCUGAAAGAGAUGAGGUUAAGCAUAAAGCCAUGCGAGCAAAGAUGGCACCAGGCUAUGCUAUUAAAGAGAACGAGGGAUAUGGUUUCGAAGCUGGCAUAGAUCGUCAGCUUCUCAACUUCAUAUCACUCAUUGAUCGCAAGUACUUAUCGUCCACCAGCAAAUCGACACCCCUCGACUUUGCAGAGAAAACGCAAUUCUUUGCUCUCGAUGUCAUCGGUGAUGUAUCCUUCGGAGAACCAUUUGGAUAUCUUUCCCAAGACGAAGAUCUCUAUCAGUAUAACGAGAUCAACGAAAGUUCUCUUCCUGUCAUGAAUAUUGUAUCUGUGUAUCCUUGGCUAGGAAGGAUUGUUCACCGAUGGCCCUUGAGUUUACUCUUGCCUCGUGAAGAAGAUCAGGUCGGAUUUGGACGACUGAUGGGGUUUGCAACUCAGCUUGUUCGUAGAAGACUUGCUGAUGGCGCUGCUACGACGAAGGAUAUGAUGCAAGCUCACAUCAACAGCGGCAUGAAUGAGGAGGAACUCAUCCAACAAGCUUUCAUCUCUAUUAUUGCCGGCUCUAACACUACAGCCCAUGCCUUACGCAUGAUCAUCCUCGCCCUAAUCGCAAAUCCAACAGCAUAUACGUCUUUGAUCACUGAAAUCCGCCAAUAUUCUUCUCCCAUCAACACACCCAUCUCCUGGAAGCAAACACAGAAGAUGCCAUAUCUCCAAGCCGUCGUACGCGAAGGUCUGCGCAUGUGGCCUCCCGUCGCUGGCCUCGGUUUCAAGCAAGUCCCUCCACAAGGUGACACCAUCAACGGCUUUUUCGUCCCUGGCGGAACUCAAGUUGGCCAAGGUUUCUACGCAGUUGGACGAUCGAAGCUGGUCUGGGGCGAGGACGCAGAUGUCUUUCGUCCUGAGCGGUGGCUACUUGCCGGACAGGAAAGAUUGAGAGAGAUGAUAGCUGCAUUGGACUUGCACUUUGGACAUGGCAAGUAUUCAUGCUUGGGAAAGCCGAUUGCACUUAUGGAAAUCCACAAGGCUGUUUUCGAGUUGAUGAAACGAUACAAUUUUGCUAUAUUGAAUCCUGAAAGACCGAUCAAGACUCAGACGUCAGUCUUCAUGUCUGCUUCAGACUUUUGGGUCACGAUCACCAGGCGAGAUGAAGGAGGCAUGCAAUAG